AUGGCUUCCGGUCCCUUAAAGGCCGCCCUCCUCAUCGUCUCAACCACGGCGGCCCAGGAUCCAUCCACAGAUGCUUCAGGCCCGAUCCUCAACCAGGUCUUGAAAGAUGAGGGCGAAGGGAAGUGGGAGAUCCACGAGACUGCAAUUGUCACGGAUGAUAUUCGGGCGAUCCAGUCCCGGAUAAUGGCCUGGACGGACGGCCCAAACGCCGUUAACCUCGUCAUCACUACGGGUGGGACGGGCUUUGCAACGGGAGAUGGCACUCCAGAGGCAGUUACACCCUUGCUGCACAAGCAAGCUCCAGGUCUAGUCCACGGAAUGUUGGCAGCAUCUCUUGCCGUCACCCCUUUUGCAAUGAUGUCGCGCCCAGUGGCUGGAGUCCGUAACCAAACCCUCAUUAUCACCUUGCCUGGCUCACCCAAGGGUGCCAGAGAGAAUCUCCAGGCUGUCGUCAAGACUCUUCCCCAUGCUUGCCUCCAGGCGUCAGGGGCCAACUCGAGAGUUCUCCACGCUGGGGGAGUAAAGAAACUAGAGUCAGACGCAGGCCUGGCCGGUGGAAAGCCCCAACCUGCUGCCAGUCACAGUCACGGAUGCCAUCAUCACGGGCAUGGGCAUGGUCAUGGUCAUGGUCACGGAAACCUCGUCAGACACACAAAGCCAGAGUCUGCUCUGUCCAAUGAUCCUGCCCUGGGCCCGUCACGUCGAUAUCGAGAAUCUCCCUAUCGCAUGCUUCCAGUUGAUGAAGCUCUCGACAUCAUCUCAAAGAAUACCCCUGAGCCAGAGAUCAUCACGGCCCAGGUUGAUCAGUCAGUCAUCAACUCAGUCCUGGCUGAGGAUGUGCGGGCAAAGGAGAAUGUUCCCGGUUUUCGCGCCAGCAUUGUGGAUGGCUACGCCGUUGUUGCACCAAAAGAUGGUCAACUCAAGGGUGUCUUCCCCGUCACAGCAGUAUCUCAUGCUGCUCCCGGAGAAGUCGGUGUUCUCAAGGAGGGCGAGAUCGCCAGAAUCACCACUGGAGCACCUUUACCCCCUGGCGCCACCACAGUUGUCAUGGUAGAAGACACGAUCCUCAAGACAAUGUCAGAUGACGGAAAGGAGGAAAAAGAAGUCGAGAUUCAGGUCGAAGGCGUCAAGGAAGGAGAAAACGUUCGCGAAGUCGGCAGCGACGUCAAAGAGGGCACUGUCAUCCUCAACAAGGGCGAGACCAUCAGCGGCGUCGGCGGUGAGAUUGGUCUCCUUGCUUCUGUGGGUGUGUCAGAGGCAAAGGUCUAUCGCCGACCUGUGGUGGGUGUCUUGUCGACUGGUGAUGAGAUUGUUGAGUACAACCGUCCAGGGGAGUUGAAGCUCGGCGAAGUCCGCGAUACAAAUCGCAUAACUCUCAUGUCCGCCGUCAAAGAAUGGGGCUUUGAUGUCAUCGAUCUUGGCAUCGCUAGAGACAAGUCUGGUUCUUUGGAGGAGACGCUCCGUGAUGGCCUCCGACGAGCAGACAUGCUCAUCACAACUGGCGGCGUGUCCAUGGGCGAGCUCGAUCUUCUCAAGCCCACGAUUGAGCGUGCUCUCGGCGGUACCAUUCAUUUUGGACGUGUGGCCAUGAAGCCAGGAAAGCCAACGACAUUUGCCACGGUUCCGGUCAAGGACAAUGCAGGCCAGCGCGUGUCCAAGGUCAUCUUCUCGCUCCCUGGCAACCCGGCCUCUGCUCUCGUCACUUUCCACCUCUUUGUGCUCCCAUCUCUUCACAAGCUAUCUGGCGUUUCACCAGUCGGUCUUCCAAAGGUCCCUGCCAUCGUCUCCCAUGACUUCCCGCUUGAUCCUCGACCAGAGUAUCACCGGGCAGUUGUGACAGUGGGCAAAGAUGGCCUCCUCUCGGCCACCAGCACUGGCGGCCAGCGCAGCUCCAAGGUUGGCAGCCUGAGAUCAGCCAACGCUCUGGUUUGUCUGCCCAGCGGAAAGGGAACGCUUGAAAAGGGAUCCAAGGUGGAUGUGCUACUUCUCAACUCCCUUCAUGGAGCAUAG